AUGGCCGCUGCGGGGUCUGUGAAGGUGGCGUUGCAGGUCGCCGAGGUGCUGGAAACCAUCCUGAGCUGCUGCGUGGGGCCCGAGGGUCGGCAGGUUCUGUGUACGAAGCCCACCGGCGAGGUGCUGCUCAGCCGGGAUGGAGGCCGCCUCCUGGCGGCGCUACACUUAGAGCACCCCGUGGCCAGGGUGGUGGUGGCAUGUGUUUCCAGUCAUCUAAGAAAAACAGGAGAUGGUGCUAAGACAUUUAUUAUCCUUCUUUGCCAUUUGCUCAGAGGACUUCAUGCAGUCACAGACAAAGAAAAAGAUUCAUUGAUUUCCAAAAAUACUCAAACCCAUGGAAGGCACUGGAAAAAUUGUUGUCGGUGGAAAUUUAUUUCCCAAGCCCUUCUAACGUUUCAGACACAAAUAUUAGACUAUGUUAUGGACCAGUACUUAAGUAGACACUUGCUGUCCAUCUUUUCUUCAUCCACUAAAGAGAGAACAUUGUGUAGGAGCUCUUUAGAGUUGCUCUUAGAAGCAUACUUUUGUGGAAGAGUGGGAAGAAAUAAUCACAACUUUAUUUCACAGUUGAUGUGUGACUACUUUCUCAAGUGUAUGGCUUGUGAGAGUGGGCUUGAAGAAGUAUUUGAGUUAGUGGAUGACUGUUUUGUAGAGUUGAACAUUGGUGUCACUGGCCUUCCUGUUUCAGACUCCAGGAUCGUGGCCGGGCUUGUGCUUCACAGAGACUUUUCUGUGUACUGUCCAGCAGAUGGGGACAUAAGAACAGUGUUAGUAACGGAAACCAUUCAGCCUCUCUUUUCAACUUCUGGAUCAGAGUUUAUUCUAAAUUCAGAGACACAGUUUCAGACAUCUCAGUUUUGGAUUAUGGAAAGGACAAAAGCAAUAAUGAAAUAUUUACAGAGUCAGAAUGUAAAAUUGCUCCUAUCUAGUGUGAAACAACCAGACUUUGUUAUUUAUAAUGCAGCAUUGAAUGGCAUAUCAGUGGUGGAAUGUUUAUCAUCUGAAGAAAUUUCCCUUAUUCAGAGGAUCAUUGGUCUUUCUCCCUUUGUACUGCCACAAGCCUCUUCACAGUAUGAAAUCUUGAACACUGCUUUGGUGAAAUUUUGUAAGCCCCUUAUUCUUAGAUCCAAAAGGUAUGUUCAUCUUGGCUUGAUUAGCAUAUGUUCGUUUAGACCACACUGUAUAGUUCUUUGUGGACCGGUGCAGGGUCUUGUUAAACAACAUGAAGAUGCUUUACAUGGAGCAUUUAAAAUGCUUCGGCAGUUAUUUAAAGACCUCGAUCUAAGUUACAUGGCACAAAUCAGUGACCAAAACUAUACAAGUCCUCUUAUUUAUAAGAACAGAGAAAGUAAUCAGUUACCAGAUAUUGUUAAUGGUGCGACACAAAGGCUCUAUCAGGGCACAGUUGUAAAGAAUGAAAGUGAACUGGCAAAAACUCAAACAAAUUUAAAAGUAUAUUCACAUUUGGUAGUUCCAAGUGGAGAAUUAAAAACAUAUAUUUCAUGUUCAACACCAAAAGUGACACCAUCAGAUACACACCAGACAGAUGAAACACUGAGAUGUUCAUCUGCAAACAAAACCAGGAAAAUUGACCACGAUUCAUUUAUUGAGAGUGAUCCUACUACUGAUUCAACAACAGAAAACACUGGAGUAGAAAUUUCUUAUGAAAAUUUAUCUAUCACAAAAAUUGCUGGAAAGGAGAGUAUGUUACCAGUGAGAUGUAAGUUGCUGGCAGGGGGUACUUCCCAGAGUUACUGUUUCUCAUAUAUACCAGCAGGUUGUGUUUUGCCAGUGGGCGGUAAUUUUGAGAUCUUGUUACAUUACUAUCUUCUCAACUAUGCCAAAAAAUGCCAGCCAUCAGAAGCAACCAUGGUUAGUAUGAUAAUAGCUAAUGCACUUUUAGGCAUUCCCAAAAUCCUGUAUAAAUCCAAGAAAGGAAAUCACAGCUUUUCACAAAUAUAUAUAAGAGCUCUCCAUGCACUGCAAACCAACCAACCCAUGCUAAGCAGUCAGACAGGUUUGGAAUCAGUAUCUGGUAAAUACCAGUUACUAACUUCAGUUCUUCAGUGUUUGACAAAAAUUUUAACCAUUGAUUUGGUAAUCAGUAUUAAGAGACAGCCUCAGGAAAUUUGCGAUCAAGAGUCAGAAGAAGAACUGUGAAGUUGGAAGUUCUUUAUUAGACGGAGUUAUAAUCCAACUCGAGCCAUAAAGUAAAGCAGGCAUAUGACCGCUGAUUCUCAAGUCAAUUCAGUCUUGGUAGGAAAACAGCAUAAUUUAAAAAGACUUUAGAACAAGUACGCUAAGAGGCCAGCAGACAGUCAGACACUAAUAUUAGGUUGUCAUGGAACAAUUUUGAGGAUAAAGCCUGGGUGAGGGAAGCCAAGAUCUGACUGAGUGUGUCUUUCCCCCUUAAUGUCCCUGUGUUUCACCUCUGUUUUGGUCUGUGUGGGGGAGGGAGUUUCUUUAGAGCGCCUUCUCUUACGUUUUUGUAUCUUUUUUCACUCUCUUCAUUUCUACUCACCUUUCUGCGUUUAGUUCAUAGAAUCAUUUAAUUUCCGAUUUGGACGAGGUCUUCAAAUGCAUCCUAUUUUAAUUGCUUAUAAUAUAACAUAUUAUUUGCUUCAUUUAAAAUAGUUUCUUUUCCCUACUCAUAAUUUCUAAAGCAAUGAGUACAGAAUCUCUAUUUCCUUUCUCAAAAAAACAUGUAAUUGGUUUUUACUUUUAUUUUUUGUUAGUCCUCACCUGACAAUAUUUUUUCCUUUUUUUUUUUU